AUGUCGGAUCAAGGUUACCGCUACCCUCGCCCUUACCACUACGACAACGAUGGGCCAGGACCUAGUCGGCCUUCAAAGCGCCCACGGGAUCAAAUGAGUAUGGCAAGAUUGAACAACGCAUCGAACCCUUCUUCCUCCAUCGCCGCCGCCGCCCCCGGCCCAAGUUUGAUUCUCCCCACUAGGAACGGAAGCUGGAGCAAUAACACCACCAGCAAUAACAAUAACAACAUUAAUAAUAACAACAAUAGCAACGGAGGGGCCAGCAGAAGUGGGAAUACGAGUCGAGUAUCUCCCACCCGCUCGUCCUCUUCCUCGCAGACACUCCCCAAUGGUCACACAGUAAUCGACCUCACCAACUCCCCUCCCCCACCACAACAAGAAAUGUUCGGGCCCAGAGAGGUUAUCGACGUCGAUGCGCUUCCGGAUACUCCGGCAUUGCCACCCCGCUGGCCGGGUGGUAAUGUACCGGAGUUUAGAUUUUCCCGAAACGCAGCGAAUAGACUUUUAGGUGUGUUCGCAGAGGAAAUGGAGGGCCCAGUAUUAGGUCACGGUGGCAGGAUCGGGCAAGGAUUACCGGAUGUGAAUAUGGGGGGAAUUGGAAACUUUUUACCGCGUUUCCGAUCUGGGCCUCAGGGAGGUCAGCAAGGGGUACAUGGAGGGAUCGAUGUCAUAUCAAGCAUUUGGACUUCUUUUGGGUCAAGGGGAAUGUGGGGACACGAUGGUCCACUCGCGGGAUUUCAAGCCCCGGACAUGGAUUACAGCCAGAGAGCGCCGGGAAUUAUUAGGGAGGAAUCGCCAGUUGAUGCUGCCAGAGCAAGGAAUAUAGACUACAAGUCCCCACAGCCAGCUAGGGAAGGGUACACUAGGAGUCCAAAGGAGGACGACAUUCUUGUUUGCUCAAGCUGCUCGUCAGAAUUGGGCGUGCCCGGGGAAGGGCCAUAUGCGCAGGAGGUCUGGGCCUCUAAAUGUGGACACAGUUAUUGCGGCACAUGCGUUUCUAUAUUCCGAACACCACCUCUAUCAAAAUCGAAGAAGCCGGUGAGGCCAAAGGCGAAGAAUUGUUCAGUGGGCUGUAAGGUCAACUUGGCGACGAAAACAGCGAUGUUCAAGAUUCACUUGUGA